AUGGCUAUCUCCCUCCCCUUCAUCCCAGCAAUCGCCUACACCCCCCUCAAAACCGUCGCCCGCUCUACCCCCUGGCUCCCCAUCCUCCUGGCAACAACCAUCAAGCAGCUCUGGUCCACCCUCGAAUUCGGCCUCAAAAUGCUGCAGCCCUUCCACACCCUCGCGCACGGCCGCGCCCGCCCAGACCAGACCCUCACGCUCGACUACCAGGGCACACCCUACGGCGUGCUAGUCCUGCAAGCCCUCCUGAACAAACACUACCUCGUCGCGCUGGUCGGCACGGGCUCCAUCCUCGCGGAUAUCCUAACGGUAACGCUCUCCUCGCUCUCGCUCAACGCCCGCUCCGAGACCCCGCGCUCGGUCCUCUCCUCGCUCAUCCUCUCCAUCGCCAUCGUUGCCGUCCUCAUCGUCUCAGCGCUGCUGGUGUUCGUCCGUUACCGGAGACCGUUUAUGCCCCGCCAGCCGAACACCAUUGCCUCGAUCCUGGCGUUCGUGCACCAGUCGCGGAUGCUAGAUGAUUUCGUGGGGACGGAACGGUUCAGCAAUGCCGAGAUGGCGGAGAUGCUGGUGAGCCGGAACAAGAGGUAUGGGCUUGGUUGGUUCAAGGGGCGGGAUGAACGGCCGCAUUGUGCGAUCGAUGAGGAGCCCAUGUUGAGUCGGUAUGUGCAUGGGGUCAGUUAUCUGAGGGCGAGGGCGCCGUGGGAGGAGGAUGUGGGGUUUUACUUUUAG